AUGAGGAAAAAGUCGUCAUUUUACAAGAAUAGUGUCCUAAUACCAUGAGGAAAAAUAAUGUUAUUUUGGUAGCAUUUUAGUAGAAAUAUUAAAGAAAAAUCUUUUUUUAAAAGUCGUAAUAUUAUGAGAAAAACAAAAUGCGAAAAAUCCAUCCAUCCAUUUUCUUCCACUUAUUCGGGUUAGGGUCGUGGCGGCAGCAGUCUCGGUAGGGAGGGAAUAAAGUAAUAAUAUUAUGACAAGAAAAUCUUAAAAUAUUAUUUAAUAAGAAAGUUUGGAAAAUGAACACCCCUCCGUGAAUCACCACCUUACCGUGGUGGAGGGGUUUGUGUGCCCGAGUGAUCCUUGGAGCUAUGUUGUCUGGGGCUAUAUGCCCCUGGUAGGGUCUCCCAAGGCAAACAGGUCCUGGGUGACGGGCCAGACCAAGAGUGAUUCAGAAGACCCGUAUGAACAAAAACACGAGGAGAGACCGCACCUCGCCCGGGGAUACCGGGGCUUCACCCUGGAGCCAGGCCUGGGGGAGGGGCUCGCAGGCGAGCGUCUGGUGAAGCCACACGGUAUCUCCCCCCCGUAGACCCACCACCUGCGGGGGCAAGCAUAAGGGUCCGGUGCAUUGCGUUUUGGGUGGCGGUCGAGGGUGGGCACCUAGGCGACCUGGUCUUCGCCGGCCAAAUCUGGUUCUUGGGACAUGGAACGUCACUUCUCUGACGGGGAAGGAGCCCGAACUUGUGGGAGAGGUUGAGACAUUCCGACUAAAUAUAGUCGGACUCACCUCGACCCACGGUUUGGGUUCUGGAUCCAAACUCCUUGAGAGGGGCUGGACCUUGUUCUACUCUGGAGUUGCUGCAGGGGAGAGGUGGCGAGCUGGUGUGGGCUUAUUAAUAGCCCCCCGGCUCGGUGACUCUGUGUUGGAGUCAUCCCCGGUGAACGAGAGGGUCACUUCCCUACGCCUUCGGGUUGGGGAAAGGGUCCUGACUGUCAUUUGUGCGUACGCGCCAAAUGGCAGUUCAGAGUACCCAGCCUUGCUGGAGUCCAUCAGAAGGGUGCUGCACAGCACCCCAACUGGUGACUCUGUCGUUUUACUGGGAGACUUCAACGCCCAUGUGGGCAAAGACAGUGUGACCUGGAGGGGCGUGAUUGGGAGGAACGGCCUCCCCAAUCUGAAACGGUGCGGUGUGAUGUUGUUGGACUUCUGUGCGAACCACAGUUUGUCCAUCACAAACACCAUGUUCCAACAUAAGGAUGUCCAUAAGUGCAGAUGGCACCAGGACACCCUAGGCCGUAGGUCUAUGAACGACUUUGUAGUCGUAUCAUCAGACCUGCGUCCGCAUGUUUUGGACACACGGGUAAAGAGAGGGGCUCAGCUGUCAACUGAUCACCACCUGGUGAUGAGUUGGAUUAGAUGGCGGGGGAGGAUGCCGGACAGACCCGGGAGACCCAAACGUGUAGUGAGGGUGUGCUGGGAACGUUUGGCAGAGUCUCCUGUUCGUCGAGUCUUCAGCUCUCACCUCCGGCAGAGCUUCUCCUGCAUCCCGGGGGAGGACGAGGAUAUUGAGUCCGAAUGGGCUCUAUUCCGUGCCUCCAUUGCUGAGGCAGCCAAUCGGAGCUGCGGCCGCAAGGUGGUCAGUGCCAGUCGUGGCGGCAAGCCCCGAACCCGAUGGUGGACACCAGAGGUCAGGGCUGCCGUCAAGCUGAAGAAGGAGUCCUAUCGAGCAUGGAUGGCUUGUGGGACUCCUGAAGCAGCUGACGGGUACCGGCAGGCCAAGCGGCACGCGGCUUCGGCGGUGGUCGAGGCAAAAACUCGGGUGUGGGAGGAGUUCGGUGAGGCCAUGAAACACGACUUUUGGUCGGCCUCAAAGAGGUUCUGGCAAACUGUCCGGCGCCUCAGAAAGGGGAAGCAGUGCCCGGUCCACACUGUUUACAGUGGGGAUGGGGGCCUGCUGACCUCAACUGAGGAUAUAGUUGGGCGGUGGAAGGAAUACAUUGAGGAUACGAACGUGGACAGUUCCAUCACCGUGGCUGAGGAAUCUGGGGUAGUCAAAAUGCUCCCCAGUGGCAAAGCUCCGGGGGUGGACGAGUUUCGCCCUGAAUUCCUCAAGGCUCUGGAUGUUGCGGGACUGUCUUGGCUGACACGUCUCUUCAACAUUGUGUGGAAGUCGGGAACAGUACCUCUGGAUUGGCAGACUGGGGUGGUGGUCCCCCUUUUCAAGAAGGGUGACCGGAGGGUGUGUUCCAACUAUAGGGGGAUCAAACUCCUCAGCCCCCCUGGGAAAGUCUAUUCCAGGGUGCUGGAGAGAAGGGUACGACUGUUAAUCGAACCUCGGCUACAGGAGGUGCAAUGUGGUUUUCGUCCUGGUCGCUGAACACUGGACCAGCUCUACACCCUUGCAAGGGUCCUGGAGGAUACUUGGGAGUUUGCCCAACCGGUCUACAUGUGCUUUGUGGACCUGGAAAAGGCAUUCGACCGUGUCCCUCGCGGUGUCCUGUGGGGGGUGCUCCGGGAGUAUGGGAUUGGUGGCGCACUACUACGUGCCAUUCAGUCCUUGUACAACCGGAGCAGGAGCCUGGUUCGCAUUGCCAGUAGUAAGUCAAGCCUGUUUCCAGUGAAUGUUGGCCUCCGCCAAGGCUGCCCUUUGUCACCGAUUCUGUUUAUAAUUUUCAUGGACAGAAUUUCUAGGCGCAGCCAAGGUGUCGAGGGAGUCCAGUUCGGGGGCACUAGGAUCUCAUCUCUGCUAUUUGCAGACGAUGUGGUCCUGAUGGCCUCAUCGGUCUGUGACCUGCAGCGUUUACUGGGACGGUUUGCAUCUGAGUGUGAAGCUUCUGGGAUGAGACCAUGGUUCUCAAUCGGAAAAGGGUGGAUUGCUCCCUCCGGGUUGGGAAUGAGGUCCUGCCCCAGGUGGAGGAGUUCAAGUAUCUCGGGGUCUUGUUCACGAGUGAGGGAAGGUUGGAGCGUGAGGUCGAUAGGCGGUUAGGCGCAGCGUCUGCAGUAAUGCGGUCGCUGUACCGGACCAUCGUGGUGAAGAGAGAGUUGAGCCGGAAAGCAAAGCUCUCAAUUUACCGUUCGAUCUAUGUUCCCACCCUCACCUAUGGUCAUGAGCUUUGGGUCAUGACCGAAAGAACGAGAUCGCGCAUACAAGCGGCUGAAAUGAGUUUUCUUCGGAGGGUAGCGGGACUCACCCUAAGAGACAGGGUGAGGAUCUCGGUUAUCCGGGAGGAGCUCCUUCACAUCGAGAGGAGCCAGCUGAGGUGGCUCGGGCAUCUAGUCCGGAUGUCUCCCGGACGCCUCCCUGGUGAGGUGUUUCGGGCAUGCCCAGCCGGGAGAAGGCCCCGGGGAAGACCUAGGACACGCUGGAGGGAUUAUGUCUCACAGCUGGCCCUGGAACGCCUUGGUGUCCUCCCUGUGGAGCUGGAGGAGGUGGUCGGGGACCGGGAAGUCUGGGCUUCCCUACUGAGACUGCUGCCCCCGUGACCCGGACCCGGAUAAGCGUAGGAAAAUGGAAUGGAAUGGAAAAUGAACAAAAAAACAGCAAAAUGGAAAAAAGUUUCUCCAAAUAAUAGGCUUUUUCUAUACGACAAAGCUGAGGUGCAGUUUUUUCUAGAAAUACUGUAUACACUAAUGGUGAAAAGUUUUAGAACACCCUAAUUUUCCAGUUAUUUAUUGUAAUUCAAGUCAUAAGUGGUGAAGUGCCAGAGGUUAAAAAAAAAAAGGGACCACAAAAAGGAUCAACAAUUUAAAGUCGUUCUGCAGAAAUGGAGGUUGAUCAAGCCUUGACAGUUGAUGCUGCUAACUUCUACAGGUGUUCUAACUUUUCUGGAGGACUUAAUACCUCCGCUGUCUGCAUAAAAGCAGUGUUUGGAACAAACUGUGGUACUACACCCUCGUGAACAUCAUUUGAACAGCAUUGUACUGCAGAAAGUAAUGUGCUGUUACAAGAAAAGGGCACUUAUCAAUGGAAGCGAGACAGACCAUAUAACACUUUACGCUUUUUUUUUCUACAGAGAAAUUGAGGUGUUUUGACACCUUAGCAUAUCUGCAUGUGUUGCUUUACAAAAUCAAAGUGGCAAAGUUGCACAUUGUUGGUAGCCUAAGGUGCUAUUUCAAGUUGUUGUGAUUUGACUGUGUGGCCAUGUGUU